CUUCAGUCUAUUGCAGCCUUCUUCUUUCAUCUGAAAGAAUAGAAGAAGAGCAAGUCUGAACUCAUCAUGCUCCGGCCACCAGGAUCACUGGGUUGUUGGACUGUGGGGCCACCAGGAACUUCAUGUCUCCCAGUGCAGUUAAAAAGCUGCACUUGGGCAUGAAAGUUCAGCAGUUGCAGCAACCGUUGCUGGUGCGAAUUGGUGACUCUACAGUAAUCAGCAUCAGGGAGAAGGUCAAUGGCAUCCCUGUGACCUUCGAUACUACAGGAAAAGUCAGACACAGUCCGAACUUUUACAUCUUCCCUGAGCUUCCCUUUGACUUGGUGUUCUCCAUGCAGUGGUUGAGGGCAGUCAACCCUAGGACCGACUGGCAGAUCCCUAGAGUUGAACUACCAGACAGCCAGGGGGUGUAUCAGCAAUGCAUGAUUGCUGCUGAUCACCACCCUAAGACCUCCUGCUACUGCCUGAGAGCAAGGGAGUUCCAUGCUCUSUCUCGCCAGUACCACCAUGAGCGUCUGUUUAUUGCUUUGGUCAAGCAAACAGAGGUUCCCCCUGUUUCCUGUCCUCCUGAGAUACAGCAGGUGGUAGAUCAGGAUGUUGAUCUGAUGCAGGAGCCCUUUGGACUUCCCAACCGGCCAACCAAGCAUCACAUCGAGCUGCUGCCUGGAGCGGUCCCUCCCAAGGGCCGCAUCUACAGGAUGUCCUCUGCUGAGCUUGAGGAGCUCAGAAAGCAGCUUGAGACCCUGACCAGCAAAGGCUGGAUCAGACCCAGCACAUCAGAAUUCGGUGCACCUGUUCUCUUUGUACCCAAAGGGAAUGGCGCGUUCAGGAUGUGCAUUGACUACAGGGGUCUCAACAAGGUCACUAGGAAGAGUACUGAGCCACUUCCUAGGAUCGAUGACCUCCUGGAUAUGGUGCAGGGCUGCACAGUGUUCAGCAAAGUCGACCUCAAGUCUGGCUACCACCAGAUUGAGAUGGCAGAGGAGGAUGUCUACAAGACAGCCUUCAAGACCAGGUAUGGGACUUAUGAGUUCCUGGUCAUGCCAUUUGGACUUUGCAAUGCCCCAAGCACUUCUCAGAUAGAGAUGCACCGCAUCUUCAGGCCUUACCUGGACAAGUUUAUGGUUGUCUACCUGGAUGAUAUCCUGGUAUUCAACAAAACUGCCAGGGAACAUGCGGAGCACUUGGCUCUAGUUCUUCAAUCGUUACGUGACAGCCAGUACAAGAUCAACAGAGAGAAAUCCUCGUUUGGAGUUCCCUCUGUCAUCUACCUGGGUCGUGUAAUCUCUCAAGAUGGCUUGGCUCCUGAAGCAGCCAAGAUUGUUGCUAUUCAGGAGUGGCCUCAGCCUCAGACAGUGAGGGAUGUCCGGUCUUUCAUGGGUUGGGCCUCUUACUACACAAAGUUUGUCAGGAACUUUUCUGCAGUGGCUGCACCCCUGACUAACCUAACAAAAAAGGUCACUCCCUUUCUUUGGUCCCUCCACUGUCAGUUGGCCUUCACACGACUCAAGAAGGCCUUGACUCGUGCGCCUGUACUGAAGAUACCUGACCCCACUCUGCCAUUCAUCCUGACCACUGACGCUAGUCAAUAUGGCAUUGGGGCAGUUCUUCAGCAGGAUGAUGGGAAUGGUUUACGGCCUGUAGAGUUUAUGAGUAAGAAGAUCAAGACCCAAAAGCUCCAGGACUCCACCUACGAGAAAGAGCUUUAUGCUCUUGUCUGUGCCCUGAAACAUUGGAAGCACUUCCUCCUGGGCAGGCACUUCAAGACCUUUUCAGAUCACUCCACUCUACAGUGGAUGAAGUCCCAGGGAGAGUUGAACGAUAAGCUGGCACGGUACAUUCAGUUCAUCGACAUGUUCGACUUUGAACUGAAACAUAAGAAGGGUUGCUACAACAAGGUAGCAGAUGCCCUCUCUCGUAGACCUGACUCUUUUGCUCUGAUCUCCUCUACUCACUCCUUUGGAGAGGAGACCUGUCAGACCAUUGCUCGUCUACUGCCUCAGGACGAGACUUUUGGACCCAUUGUCAGGAAUCUGCAAGCAGAUCCUAACUCUGAACCCGGCUAUGCCCUGAGUUCAGACCUGCUGUAUACCUGCAGCAGAGGUGAGGAGCGCUUGUGCAUUCCUCACGACCAGCGGCUCAGGACACUGCUGAUGUCAGAGUGUCAUGAUGCCCGUGGACAUUUUGGGUUCCUAAAGUCUUAUGCAGCCCUGUCGCAGCGCUUCUUCUGGAAGGAGAUGCGGAGUGAGAUGUUGCGUUAUGUGGAUACCUGUGAGCUCUGCCAAAGGAACAAGGUGCAGCGUAAACCUCCUUUGGGAUUGCUCAAACCAUUACCCAUACCUAAUGGCCCUGCUGAAUCUGUGUCGAUAGACUUCACAGAUUUAGGCAAGACCACCCCCCGUGGCAUGCAUUAGGUUAUGGUCUGCGUGGACAGGUUCUCCAAAUACACAGAGUUCAUCCCCUUGCCAGAGGUAG